CUAAAUGUAAAAAUAAGGGCCAAAAAAAAAAAGUAAAAAACAAAACAAAAAAUUAAUCUGAUAAGAUGCCCUCCAAUCUUAUCCCUACUCAUUCAAACUGCUAAGCUGAAAGAUUUGAGUCUGUUGUUAGGGUUUUACUUCCCCAUAGAGGAAGAGUUCACUCUUUCUUCUUCACCUCGCAACAUUGUUGCUGCAUACCAUUUUCAAAAAAACCAAAAACCAAAAACCAAAAAUAUUUUCACAACAAAACAAAAAAAUAUGCAGUCUGACUAUGAAAUAGCUGGGAUUGUUCCUCAUCAACAAUUCAUGGACACAGAUUGUUGUUCAUCAGUUUUUCCUCUCUUAACUCCUCCAAUACCAAACCACCAUGACCCUCUUCAUCAUCAUCAACACCAUCCUCAACUUCAUCAUCACUCACAGCAACAACAAAAGCAACAACAGCAUUACCAUAUGAACCACAACCACCCAGUUCAUCCAGUUCCUCCUAUUACCCACCAAUUUUUCCAACAACAACGCCUUCCCUUUCAGGCAUUGCAGCACCAGCAACAACAAGAAGAACAACAACAAGGAGGGAGGUUGCAUCAUCAUCAUCAACAGCAGCAGCUCCGGCUGGAACAAGAACCGGGUCAAUCCCCAAAUAAUUUUUUCCCUGUGAAUUUCAAGCUGGGUCUGAAUGAGAACAGUCGCAGACAAGAGUGUGCUUUGAAUGGUGAAUUGUUCCAUGGAAAUGAGCUUCAUGCUUCUGAGAGCACCAGACCAUAUUCUUCAGGAUUUUUGCCCAAAUGCUGGCAGACCCAAGAAUAUUCCGCCACCAGAGAGCCAUUUUGGAAUCCGCUGGGAACAGAUAUUUCAAACACAAACAAAAAGCACAGCCAAGUGGAUGUGAGAGAGAGGUGCAAAGAAUUAGAGAGCAAAUAUAGGCUGUAUGGUGAACUUGAAGCAAUCUAUAGCCUUGCUAAGAUCGGAGAGACUAAUCAGACGGGAUCUGGUUCUGCUCUCACCGGUGAAAACUCUCCGGCGACUGUCGAUCUUGCGGUGCCACUCGGUGAUCCUCACGGCCACAAUGAUGGUGCAACUGUUGCUGUUGGGGUUGAUAAUGGUUCAGAAGCCUCCAUCGGAGAAGAAACAACUACAGUGAGGAAAGUUCAUAAGACGAGGAAGACAAAGAGGAAAUUGAAGGAGCAAUUGAAUUCUAUGACCGAGUUCCUUGAGAGCUUGGUGAAGCAGGUAAUGAGUCACCAGGAGAGUCUCCAUAAGAGAUUCUUGGAAGUGCUUGAAAAAAUAGAUAAAGAGAGGAGGGAAAGAGAAGAAGCAUGGAGACGUGAAGAGGCUGAGAAGCACAACAGAGAAGUCAUUGCCAGAGUACGUGAACAGGCUCUGGCUUCGAGAAGAGAAGCAGUCAUUGUUUCGUACAUGGAGAAAAUCACAGGCCAAAGAAUUAAUCUUCCAUCUAGGAGGACCACCCCAUUGUUGUUUCAACAACCUGAGAUUUCAACUGAAGAACCGGCAAGGGAAGUAGCACAACCAAACAUUAAAAUUGACACAAAUAGCAGAUGGCCUAAAAGUGAAGUUGAGGCAUUGAUUCGUGUUCGAAGCGGUGUCGAGGUUAAGUUUCAGGAACCGGGGCCAAAAGGACCUCUUUGGGAAGCGGUUAGUGCUUUAAUGGCUUCUAUGGGUUAUCAGAGGAGUGCAAAAAGGUGCAAAGAAAAAUGGGAGAACAUCAAUAAGUACUUCAGAAAGAGCAAAGACAGUGGGAAAAAGCGUUCGCAGCAGUCUAAAACUUGCUCUUAUUUUGAUCAGUUGGAUCAGUUAUACACCAGAACGCCCAAUAAUGAUCCUUCUUCCUCUUCAGUUAGCAGUGGUUUUGAGGUGCAAAGACAAAGUUAUACAGAGCUCUUAGAGGCCUUUACAGCUGGGGGAGAUGAUGGAAUUGCGCAAACUUUGUCUGGUGGGAACUUUGAUGUCUCUGAGAUGGGCUCUAGUAAAUUUAGAUUUAACGGUAUUGUUGAUGAUAAGUUAGGAUUUGAAGGAGAAGAGCAUGGAACAACAGAGAAUGAAAACCACGAUGAUGAUGAUAAUGAGGACGUGGAAGGUGUCGAAGAAAAAGAGGAUGGUGUUGAUGAAGGAGAUUGAGAAGUAACGAUUGGAUAAGGACAUGAGCUUUUUUGUCUUCAGAAUUUUUCCUUCUUUCGCUGGAAUUUAGCCGUUAAAAGAAUCCGGUUGGAAGUCUUGAAGAAAGCUGAGAGAGCAUAAACGAAAUAAUCAAUUUGUUCUAAAAGGAAAUGGAAAUAGCUCUUGAAAGUUGAAGGCUAUCAGAAAGAGCGGUCCACAUGCAGAUAAUCGUUGAAAGCAAGAUCUUGAUUUCAAUUUCUUUACAAAACUUUCCACCAAUCUUGUUGUCCAUUUCCUGUCCAUAUGAAUCUAUUAGCCAGUUUUAGGACUCGUUUGCUGGAUUUUUUGUCGGCUAGGCCUGUUUAAUUAAGCAGGCUGCUGAUUGGGCUCAAAUUUAAAGCCGCGAAUUGGGCCCAAGUGUGAGUUUGGAUAAAAUAAAAGUUAGGAAAUAAGACAAAGCGGAAAAUGUAGCGUUCUAUUGGCAUUAAAAAUUUGCUAGAUUUUAUCAUUUC